AUGGGUUUCCAUUCAAGGUGGCCAUUGGUGGGACCAGCACCAGCGGCUGUGUGUGCGUGUGUGAUCAGCAUGCUCCUCGUGUGUCUGCUGCCUCCUGCAACAUGCACAACCUGCCCUCAGAAAUGCCGCUGUGAGGACCUGCAGUUCUACUGCGACACCCAGGGGCUCCAGGCCCCCCCAGAUGGUGUGGACAAGGGUGCUCUGGGGCUGUCCCUGCGCCACAACAGCAUCACCGAGCUCAGCCCCGACCAGUUCUAUGGCUUCAGCCAACUCACGUGGCUCCAUCUUGAUCACAACCAGAUCACCACCGUACAAGAGGACGCAUUUCAAGGGCUGUACAAGCUCAAGGACCUCAAUCUGAGCUCCAAUCGAAUCACCAAGUUGCCCAACACAACCUUCAUCCACCUCAUCAACCUGCAGAUCCUGGACCUGUCCUUCAACCAGAUGACUUCCCUAGAGCCUGAACUGUUCCACGGUUUGAGGAAGCUUCAGAUUCUCCACCUUCGCUCCAACCUACUCCGCACCACUCCUGUCCGGGCUUUCUGGGACUGUCGCAGCCUGGAAUAUCUGGGUCUCAGCAGCAACCGUCUACGGAGCUUGGCCCGGAAUGGAUUUGCUGGGCUCAUUAAACUUAAAGAGCUCCACUUGGAGCAUAAUCAACUGACCAAGAUCAACUUGGCCCAUUUCCCGCGCCUUGUUGCCCUACAGUUUCUAUAUCUGCAGUGGAAUAAGAUCAACAAUGUGACGUGUGGCAUGGAGUGGACCUGGACCACUUUAGAAAAGUUGGACCUCACAGGAAAUGAGAUCAGAGUCCUGACACCUGAUGUGUUUCAAACGCUGCCAAAUUUGAAGAUUUUACUUCUGGAUAACAACAAACUAAGCAGCCUGGAUCCUCAAGUCUUGGAUAUGUGGCAGUCUCUAGGUACUAUUGGGCUGUCUAGCAACCUUUGGGAAUGUACCAAAAGGAUUUGCUCCCUAGCCACUUGGCUAAGCACCUUUAGGGGAAGGUGGGAACAUUCCAUUCUCUGCCAUAGUCCUGAGUACGCCCAGGGAGAGGAGAUACUGGAUGCAGUUUAUGGAUUCCAGCUUUGUCAGAAUUUUUCAGCUCCGGUUGUUCAAACCGCAAGCACGACCACAGAUGCUACUACAGCUGCCGAAAUCACAAGCUCUUUGUUUGGAAUUAUGCAGCCGACCCCCACGCAGGACUAUGCAGAGGAAUAUGUGAGCUUUUCCACAGCCACGACCACAACAUUUACAACACCGAUACCAGGCACUGCUCAAGCUACAACCACUACAUCGGAAGAGGCAGCAGUAACGGAUGACUUCUCGGCUAUGGACAACACUGUUAUGACUCAUAGGGUAAUCAUUGGAACUAUGGCCCUGCUCUUUUCAUUCUUUUUCAUCAUUUUCGUUGUGUAUAUCUCACGGAAGUGCUGCCCCCCUACCCUGCGCCGGAUACGCCACUGUUCAGCUAUCCAAAACCGCAGACAAAUGAGGACCCAGCAAAGGCAACCUAUGGCAGACCUAGCCACACAGGUGCCAUAUAAUGAGUACGAGCCUAGCCACGAGGAGGGGGCACUUGUCAUCAUCAAUGGCUAUGGGCAGUGCAAAUGUCAGCAACUGCCUUACAAAGAGUGUGAAGUAUAA